GUGUUGAAAAGUUGUUGGUGCUUUAUCAGGGAGGAAGGCAUGCGGAGAGACGAAGUAGUAGUGCGACAAUAGAGGCCACUUUCAAAGGAAACACAGCUCUCUUCCUCCUUUUCCCCUUUGCUUUGCUUUCCUUUCUCCUUGGCUUUUUUAAGAGAAAGACACCGUCUUUAAUCUCUUUCUUUGUCAUUUGUCCUUGUUUUCUGUAGUUGUUAAUGUAUCUCUAAGUUGUUUGCAGUUGAACAAACGCUUCUGUUCCAAAAAAGUGUGUUUUUUGGUUUGAUAUUUGCCCUUGAGGAAUCCUGCAAAAGUUUGUUUUAUCAAUUGGUCGUUUUUUGGUUCUCUGUGUUUGGGCAUUGGGUUUAGGGUUUGCGGUUGCUGCUGCAUAUUUUGAGAGAGCUCUUGCAGGUUUGGCUUCUUUGUUGUUAUUUUUAUGUUUUAACAUUCAAGUGUUUUGAGCGAGAUCAGUGGUGGGGUUGAUUGGUUUGGGGUUCUUGGGUGGUGGAUUAUGGGAAAGAUUGGAUCUUGGUUUGGUUUUAUGUGGAACCAUUAGUUUGUUCUUCGGUGGAAUUAGUGGGUUUAUUGUGCUUUUUGGUAGUUUUGGGGUUAUCACGCUAGGGCUUUUGUAUAAGAGGAAGUUUGAUGUCGUGGUUGCGAAAAGUUUGAAUUUUUUUUGCUUCUUAUUUUGAUUUAGGAUUUGGUGGCAAUUCUCUUUCUAUUAUAAAUUUUGUUUUGCUUAAGAAAAUUAUGAAACAAAGUACGCCUUUCUUUUGAUUACCUUUUUUUAUUGGAUAUACUGUGUUUGGCGUCUUGUACAACAUUGGAUUUUUCGUUUUGUACUAUCGCUGUUUCUCACAUGCGUAAGAUGACCUAUUUAUUUAGUGUUAACGAUUAGGAAUGUAUAGUUUUGUCAUUGAUCUUGAUGCAGAGCUUGAAGAUGCUAUGUAAGCACGUUAAUCACCAAAGAUACAAGAAAAGAAUAAAUAACCAAAGAAUUGUUUCUGGUCUGAGUGCACACCUAAGUUUACUAAUGGGCAAUGAAGAUGUGGAUGCUCCUACAGAAAACCCGAAGUCAUCGUCAGCGCAGGAUCAGCCUCCUGCUGGCAGCCCUGUUACAGUUUAUCCAGAUUGGGCUACCUUUCAGGCAUACUAUAAUACUGCUGGAAAUGCUACCAUCCCACCACCUGGCUUUUUUCAUUCAUCUGUGGCAUCAAGUCCCCAAGGUCAUCCAUUCAUGUGGAGUCCACAGAUGAUUCCUCCAUAUGGGACUCAACCAUUUGUUGCCAUGUACCCUCCUGGGGCCAUUUAUCCACAUCCAUCUGUUGCAACGGGUUCUCAUCCAUAUGGUCCUUAUGCAAUGCCAUUUCCAAAUGGGAACGUUCCUGUAACUAGUGGAGCAGAUGCGGAUGCUAAGUCAAAUGAAGGAAAAGGGAGGAGCCCUCUGAAAAAAUCAAAGGGAAGCUUAGGAAGCCUGAACAUGCUAACAGGAAAGCAGAAUGCUGUUCCAAAAGCAUCUGGUGCUUCUGGUAAUGGUCCUCAAUCACAAAGUGGUGAGAGUGGAAGUGAAGGUUCUACUGAAGGAAGCUAUGCAACUUCCAAAAAUGGUUCACAACAUAAUGAAGAUGAGCAUGGCUCUGGUGAUGGUGAAGCCCAGAAUGGGUUCAGACAAGCAACAUCUGCGCCCAGUGUAUUCAACCAAGCUAUGCCAUUUAUUGCCAUCCCUCCUAGUGCCAUCACUGGACCCACGACCACCCUGAACAUUGGUAUGGAUUAUAUGGGAGGACCUGUUACUCCGGUCCCUACAAUUCGAGGCAAAGCCACGCCUGCACCUCCACCAGCCAAUAUGCAUCCAUCCACUAACGCAGGUUCUCGUGAUGUUAGUCAACCAGAUCUUUGGUUGCAGGAUGAACGGGAGCUCAAGAGAGAGAGAAGAAAGCAAUCUAAUAGGGAAUCAGCACGUCGCUCAAGACUCCGCAAGCAGGCCGAGUGCGAAGAAUUGGCUCAGCGAGUCAUAACUAUCAAAGAGGAAAAUGAUGCUCUUAGACAAGAAUUGGAUCGUUUACGAGAGAUGUGUGGGAAGUUGUCGUCGGAAAAUGCUUCUCUUACUGAACAAGUACAAGAGUUGCACGCCAAGAAAUCAAAUGGCAAUGAACCCAGUAAAGGUCGGGAAGCCAGUAAUUCUGAAACUGCUAAUCGAGUUAACUGAAGGAAUAGAGAUGGGCAAGAGACGAUAGAUUAAUUUAACUCCGGACAAGCAUAACUGGCUCAACCAGUAGGUAUUAAGUGUCCUCCAUCUCCGAUCUUUUUCUUUGGGGAGUGCGAGGACACGAUAGGAUUGUGUAAUGCCGAAAUAGGUGAUUUCCGAGUUUUUUUUUUUUACUAACUACAGCAUUGUAUGAUGAACUAAAAUAUCGAAUCUCCGGCUUCAAAUCAAUGGUGUUACCUGCCUAACUAUCGUAACUAUGUUGAGCAAUGUUUCCGACUAAAAAAACACUGAUGAUAGUAUCAAGACAUGCUUAAUUUCGAUCUC